ACAAACAUCACAUGUUCUCACUGUGGAAUCAAGUAUAAAGGGAAGUCAGAGCAGAUGAGCUGUAACCACAUUUUCUGAGUCAAGAUCUGUUUAUGAAAUCCAGAGGUGCAGUGCUGCAGGAUGUCAUGGAGCUGACAGAGAGGUUUACCUUCAAUCCCAAGGAGGGAAUAGACAAUCCAGCCAUGGUGACUGCAGAUGAUACAGAAAGUGUGUCAAAUCCCACACCACGUUUGUGCGUGCUGAGGAGGGAAGAAGGAGAAACCUUUGGCUUCAAUCUGCGUGUGGAAAGAGGGCGGCAGGGUCACAUAAUCAGGCAGCUGGAAUCAUUGGGUGUGGCAGUGAGGAGUGGGCUCAGGGAUGGGGACCGCCUGCUUGAAGUCAAUGAGAUGUUUGUUGACGACGUGGAACACAUGGAGGUGGCCCGUAGGAUUCAGGUGAGUGGAUCACAGUUCUGCUUCCUGGUGUUAGAUGAAAAGAGCUACGACCAGGCUAUUUCUGAGGGUCUUGACCUUAGAGAGUUGGCUAAAGCCAGCCGUGGAGAAGGAUGGAGGCCUCCUCGUCUCUGCCACAUCAAGAAAGAAGCACCUGGCCUGGGCCUCAACAUACUGCCGGUGGAAGGUGAGAAAGGUAAAUUCACUGUAAGCCCAGCGAAAGGAGGUGCCGCAGAGAAGGCAGGAGUGAGGAAAGGUGACCGGCUGAUCUGGAUGGAUGGUGCCAUGACCUCUGAACUCACACACUCUGCCAUCAGCAAAAUGGUGAAGAAGUGCAGUAAUCACAUGACAGUGCUGGUGAUUGACAGCGACAGUGAGAAGAGUUAUGCCCGUAGGAAAAUGCCCAUUCUCCCAGCCAUGGCUGAUGCAGAGAACAUGCCGUAUCGGCCCCGCAGACUGCAUUUGGUAUUGGGGCCGGAAGGGUACGGCUUCUUGCUCAGGCAGGAGAAGGCUGGUGCAGGACGCACUGUCCACAUGGUGAGAGAGGUGGAUAAUGGCAGCCCUGCUGAACUAGGAGGUGUUAAAGAAGGUGAGAUGCUUCUUCAAGUGAAUGGAGAAUCCACAGACUCACUGAGUCAUGAAGAAGUUGUCAGCAAAAUCAGACAGAGUGGGCAGCAGGUCACUCUCACAACUAUCACACCUCAGGGGAAAGACUUCUACACUAAGUUGGACCUCUCCCCUUUGCUGUUCUGUGUGGAUGUUACAUCUGCUAGCCCUGAGGAGAAAAAGGAAAUCCCAAUGUCGCUGAAGCCUGCAGUGCCCCCUGUUGAGCCUGAGGAGGAUGUGCAGAUUGAUCCUAAUGUUAGACGCUGUAUAGUGCAGAGGGGCUCGGCUGGUUUUGGCUUCCAUUUGGGUUGCGUCCAACAGAAACCUGGCACUUUCAUCAGCCAGGUAGCAGCGGGAGGCCCAGGAGAGGGAUCAGGUCUCCUUCAGGGUGAUGUGGUGGUGGAGGUGAAUGGACAGAAUGUGGAGAAAGAGUCUGUGGAGGAUGUGAUCUUACAUGUAAAGAGAGGAGGAGUCACUCUUUCUUUACUAGUAGUAGAUCAGAAAGGUUAUGACUGGCUAAAGAAGAAUGGGAAGCCAAUCACUGUGAACAAACUAGCAACAAUUUCUGAGGUGGAGGAAAAUGUUUCAAGUGCUGCUGAACCACCAACACCAAAGACUGAUGACUUGUCUGAUGACCGGACUUAGUCCUAGUUAUAGUUGGGAUGACCAUAAAACAGUCCUGAUAAUGUCAAUGAGAUUAGUACUUUGAGAAUGAUCUUUAAAUAGAGUUUCAAUGGGUAGCUAAUUUCUCUGAACUAUACUCAGGUAAAGAGUACCUGAAAACCAUACUUGAGUAAAAGUACAGACUCCAAGUGAAAGUAAAUGACUCCAUUACAAGUUACAAGUCACCAGUUCCAAUACGACUUGAGUAUAAAAAUCUUAAGAGUAUCUGAUUUUAACAGCACUUAAGUAUUUUACUCAUACUGAAUGUAGGUUCAAAGAUGCACUAGUCCUCGACACCUAGGAGACAUGCCAUUAAAAAAAGAAACAAUUGAAUUUGUAAGAUAAGAAAUCAUUUUUAUUUUCUAAAAUCAAACUGAACACCUCAAAAUUGCAAUAAAUUAAGGUUGAGUCUCUUAAACAUCUAUAAACACUCAAGUCUUAGUAAAGCUCAAAUGUACAAAAAGGCCAUUAGUAAACCAAUAUCCUUCAAAAAGGUCUCGUCAAUAUAGCGGAUAAAUAAAAUAAUGUUAAGGAAAAUAAAGUCAAAGUCAAAGUCUACUUGCACUGGAUGUGCUGGUUUUGACCUCAUCACGGGCUGCAGUCAUGACAUCAUUUCCUGCGAUUCAGCAACUACCUGCUAAUGCACUCACAUUCACGUAAAGUAGCCUUGUUGACAAGUUUGGGCGAGUAAAGGUAAAACGCACAAGAUAUAGUAUCUUCAAUUCCCUUAGAUGGCGAUAUCACUUCUUUAUAGCAGAAAUAAACUGCUGCAGAAAAAGUUAGCUGCCAUGAAAAAUGUAAUUUGUAAUUGCAUUACUCAUCACAAAUGUAGUGGAGUAAAAAGUACAUUUACUUUUUCAAAAAUGUAGUC